CUGUGUGCAGAAUUCAUUGUACAUGUAUGGGUGGAUAUGUGUCUAAAGAAGUUUUAGGAUCAGCUUAUUCAGGCACCAUGCAUGAGGACUCAAGCUUAGAGAGUUUUAAUGUCCCUGGUGGAGCUCCUAAUGUAUUGGGUCGCUGUUUUAUAGAGGUGGAGAAUGGCUUUAGAGGAAACAGCUUUCCUGUUAUAAUUGCAGAUGCUGCAAUCUGUCAAGAAUUGAGAAUCCUCGAAUCGGAGUUUGAGGAAGAUGCUAGAACGAUGGAUAUCAUUUGUGAAGACCAGAUUCAGGAUUUCAGACAGCCAAGAUCCAGGGAGGAUGUUCUGCACCUUUUGAAGGAACUUGGAUGGAUCUUCCAAACAAAGAGCACCCCGACGAGACAGCCUUAAAAAAAUCAAACUUCAACAAAGAGGUUUGCUGGUUUCCAUGCACCUUUGCAAAUAGACGGACCUGCCAGGAAAUGUGGACUUUUGAUGUGUGUAUUAGGUGGGACGUAUAGUUUUGAUAUAUGGCCAAAACUUGUUUGUAUUAGGUGGGACCUAUAAUUUUGACACAUGGCCAAAACAUUGUGUGCCUGCAUAUCAAGUGUCAUAGGUUGCCAAAGUAUGAAAUAACUUGUCUUGACAUUAUUCAUUUGGAGAAUACUUGUGUUGCUGGCGCUUGAUAGGCUUGUAUUCAGUUAGGAAUGGGACUAACUUGUUUUGAACCUCUAUGUAUUCUAAUCUCAAUGAUAUCUUCAUUUUCAUUAAACGUGAUCUAGCAGGAAGAACAAGUGUCCAUCUGAAUGGAAUUAACAGCUAUGAAACCCUCUGUUAGAAAAAGGCACUCAAAUUGAUGUGGGGGCACAUGAAACCCUCAGUUAAAA